UUCUCCUCCUUCAUCCUUCUGCAACACUCCUUCCCCUCCAUUAAAUUAACUUCAUCUUCAACCUCUCUCUCUCUCCUCUUUCUCUCUCAUCCUCCAAUGGGUUCCCUCAACCCUAUCCUCUCUCUCUCAACCCUUACCCUCCUCCUCUUCGCCGCCGCCGCCGCCGCCGAUGAUGCCGCCGUCAUCCAGAAGCUCGCUGCUGCAGUCUCCCCAACCCCCACCGGUUGGUCCACCAACACCCCAUUCUGCAACUGGAAAGAGAUACGCUGCGACUCCUCCAACCGUGUCACCUCCAUUAACUUGGCCUCCAAGUCGCUCUCCGGCGUUCUCCCUUCCGAUCUCAACUCCCUCUCUCAGCUCACUUCUCUCUCUCUUCAACGCAACUCUUUCACCGGCCCUAUCCCUUCCUUCGCCAAUCUCUCUUUCCUCCAAUCCCUUUACCUUGACAACAACAAUUUCUCCUCUGUUUCUCCUGGUGCCUUCCAGGGCCUUACGAGCUUGCAAAAUUUGAGCCUAAACCAGAAUGUCGAUCUUGCUCCUUGGUCGAUUCCGACCGAGUUAGCUCAGGCUUCUAGUUUGGUCAAUUUCUAUGCCGGAAACGCCAAAAUUGUUGGGUCUUUGCCGGAUUUCUUCGAUUCGUUCCCUAGUUUGCAGGAGCUUCGUCUUUCUUACAAUAAUCUUACAGGGGUUUUGCCCAAAUCUCUCGGUGGAUCUGUGAUUACCAGUUUGUGGCUGAACAAUCAGGAUAUUGGGUUGUCGGGUUCUAUUGAUUUGUUGUCAUCCAUGACUCAAUUAACUCAGGUUUGGCUUCAGAAGAAUCAAUUUACAGGGCAGAUUCCGGAUCUUUCUAAAUGUGAAGGUUUGUUUGAUCUUCAACUUCGUGAUAAUCAGCUUACUGGGGUUGUUCCUCCGUCGCUUAUGCAGCUUUCUAGCUUGAAAACCGUGAGUUUGGAUAACAAUAUGCUUCAGGGGCCAUUGCCUGUGUUUGAUUCAAGUGUUGAUGCGACUUUUAGUAGUGUGAAUAGGUUCUGUAGGACUACGCCUGGGCCGUGUGAUGCUCAGGUUUCUGUGCUGCUUGCGGUUGCUGGGGCUUUUGGGUACCCAAUUUUGUUAGCUAAUGCUUGGGAAGGGAAUGAUGCUUGCCAUAAUUGGAACUUUGUGGUUUGUACUGAAGGGAAGGUUACCAAUGUUAACUUAAGGAAACAGCUCUUGGUGGGGGUGAUCUCCCCUGCAUUUGCUAACUUAACAAGUUUGAAGGAUUUGUAUUUGAAUGACAAUAGAUUGACCGGCGAGAUACCGGAGAGUUUAACGACGUUGCCGCAGCUUCAGAAUCUCGACGUUUCGAACAACAAUUUGAGUGGUCAGGUACCCAAGUUUGGUGCAUCAGUUAAGCUGAACACGAAGGGUAAUCCAUUGCUUGGGACUAUCUUGAGCCCUGGAGGACAUGAUGGUGGAGCUGGUGGGAAGGUUGAUUCCAAUGGCACCACCACAGAUGGGACAACGUCAGGAUCUUCAAAUGGUUCCUCUGUUUCAGCUGGUGUCAUUGUUGGCGUUGUCGUUGCUGUCGUUGUUUUCGUCGCUGUCUUAUUGUUUGUUGUGUUCAAAUGUUAUGCAAGCAAUAGGCAUAAGAAGUUUGGGAAAGUGAAUAAUCCUGAAAAUGGUAAGGAGAUUGUGAAGAGUGAUGCAGGGAGUGGGUUGAAUGGCGGCUAUGCUGGUGUUCCAAGUGAGCUGCAAAGCCAGAGUAGCGAGGAUUUCAGUAACGACAUACACGUUUUCGAGGGGGGAAACGUAGCGAUAUCGAUACAAGUUUUGAGGCAAGUUACAGACAAUUUCAAUGAGAGCAAUGUGUUGGGAAGGGGAGGUUUUGGCGUCGUUUACAAAGGCGAGCUGCACGAUGGCACGAAAAUUGCUGUGAAAAGAAUGGAAUCGGGCGCAAUGGGUACGAAAGGAAUGACUGAGUUUCAAGCUGAAAUUGCUGUGCUUACUAAAGUUAGGCAUAGGCAUUUGGUUGCUCUUUUGGGCUAUUGUAUCAAUGGCAAUGAGAGGCUAUUGGUGUAUGAAUACAUGCCUCAAGGGACAUUGACUCAACAUUUGUUUGAUUGGGAAGAGAAUGGCUAUCCAUCGCUCACUUGGAAGCAGAGAAUUACUAUUGCAUUGGAUGUGGCUAGAGGAGUUGAGUAUCUACAUAGCUUAGCUCAACAAAGCUUCAUUCAUAGAGAUUUGAAGCCUUCUAAUAUACUUCUUGGUGAUGAUAUGAGAGCUAAGGUUGCUGAUUUCGGCUUGGUUAGAAACGCGCCUGAUGGGAAGUACUCCGUGGAGACUCGGUUGGCUGGAACGUUUGGCUAUCUUGCUCCUGAAUAUGCAGCGACGGGAAGGGUAACGACGAAAGUCGACGUAUAUGCAUUUGGAGUAGUUUUGAUGGAGAUCAUCACAGGUCGAAAAGCGUUAGACGACACAAUGCCAGACGAGCAAGCUCAUUUGGUAACAUGGUUCCGUAGGGUCUUAAACAACAAAGACAACAUUCCAAAGGCGAUCGAUCGAACUCUCAACCCAGACGAGGAGACCAUGGAGAGCAUAUUCAAGGUGGCCGAGUUGGCAGGACAUUGCACAGCUCGCGAGCCACACCAACGACCCGACAUGGGGCACGCAGUCAACAUCCUUGGCCCGCUUGUCGAACAAUGGAAACCUACAAGCCAACACGAAGAAGAAACAGACGGGAUCGAUAUGCACAUGAGCCUACCUCAAGCGCUUCGAAGAUGGCAAGCCAAUGAAGGAACAUCCACAAUGUUCAGUGACAUUUCAUACUCACAGACCCAGACGAGCAUCUCUUCAAAGCCUCCAGGAUUUGCAGACACCUUUGACUCCAUGAACUGCAGAUGAAACAAGAACAUGCUCUACUCAUUUGUGUCUUUGUUUGCUUCAUUCUUUCAUUAAUGCCUAACUUUGGAAUUUUUGCUGCCUUCUUAAGCCAUUUUAAUUUGUAUGAUAACUAUAUAUAAAUAUACUCACCACUUCAAUCAAA